CCAUCAACAUGUUCUGGAAGUUUGAUUUGAACACAACAUCGCAUGUGGACAAGCUGCUGGAUAAAGAAGAUGUGACACUUCACGAGCUGAUGGAUGAAGAUGACAUCUUACAGGAGUGCAAGGCUCAGAACCGCAAGCUGCUGGACUUCCUUUGCCAGCAGCACUGCAUGGAGGAGCUGGUCAACCUCAUCACACAUGAGCCCCCUGUGGAUAUGGAUGAGAAAGUCCGCUUCAAGUAUCCAAACACAGCCUGCGAACUGCUGACCUCGGAUGUGCCACAGAUCAACGACAAGCUGGGAGGGGAUGAAACUCUGCUGAACAUCCUCUAUGACUUCUUGGAUCACGAGCCUCCUUUGAACCCUUUGCUUGCCAGUUUCUUCAGUAAGACUAUUGGGAAUCUCAUUGCAAGAAAAACGGAACAGGUGAUUGCAUUUUUAAGGAAAAAAGACAAAUUUAUUAGCCUGGUGCUAAAGCAUAUAGAUACAUCAGCAAUGAUGGACCUCCUGCUUCGUCUAAUCAGCUGUGUGGAGCCCGCGACUCUACGGCAGGAAGUACUGAAUUGGCUUAAUGAAGCAAAGAUUAUUCAGAGACUUGUGGAACUGAUCCAUUCAAGCCAGGAUGAGGACAGGCAAUCAAAUGCUUCCCAGACCCUGUGUGAUAUCAUAAGAUUGAGCAGAGACCAGAGCAAUCAACUCCAGGAUAUACCUGAGCCUGAUCCACUUCUCACAGCACUGGAAUCGCAGGAAUGUGUGGAGCAGCUCCUGAAGAAUAUGUUUGACGGAGAGCAGACUGAAAAUUGCAUAGUGAAUGGAACACAAGUUCUUCUAACGUUGCUGGAAACAAGGCGCUCUGGAGUGGAAGGACUGAUGGACUCAUACACUCAGGGAUUUGAAAGGUCUUACACUGUCAAUAGCAGCAUCUUGCAUGGCAUUGAACCGAGGCUAAAGGACUUCCACCAGCUGCUGCUCAGCCCUCCCAAGAAAACAGCAAUCCUAACUACAAUUGGUGUCUUGGAGGAGCCACUGGGGAAUGCUCGUCUUCAUGGAUCUCGUCUAAUAGCUGCUCUGCUUCACACAAACACUCCCAGUAUUAAUCAGGAACUAUGCAGACUCAGUACCAUGAAUUUAUUACUUGACUUAUUUUUUAAAUACACAUGGAAUAACUUUUUGCAUUUCCAAGUGGAAUUGUCCAUAGCAGCUAUUCUCUCACACUCUGUGCAAGAGGGAAAAACUACUACUAAUGACCUAGAAAGCAAAGAAGAGGUGCUGAAUGGAAAUGUGGCCACAGAGAACUCAGAGACUCCGGGAAACGAUACCGAGAAUAUCAUGGUUACUCAUCUGUUCCAGAAGUGCUGCCUGGUGCAAAGGAUACUGGACGCCUGGGAGGCCAAUGACAAAAUACAGGCAGAAGGUGGAAUGAGGCGAGGCAAUAUGGGCCACCUCACCCGGAUAGCCAAUGCUGUCGUGCAGAAUAUGGAGAAGGGCCCCAUGCAGACUCAAAUUAGUGAGUUCAUUAAAGAGCUACCUGAAGAUUGCAGAGGGAGAUGGGAGAGUUUUGUAGAAGAGACGCUGACGGAAACGAACAGGAGGAAUACAGUGGAUUUGGUGAGCACUCACCAUCUGCACUCUUCUAGUGAGGAUGAAGACAUUGAGAGUGCUUUUCCCAAUGAACUUUCUCUCCAGCAGGCCUUCUCCGAGUACCAGAUCCAGCAGAUGACAGCUAACUUUGUGGAUCAGUUUGGCUUUAAUGAUGAGGAGUUUGCAGACCAGGAUGAUAAUAUCAAUGCUCCCUUUGACAGGAUCGCAGAGAUCAACUUCAAUAUCGAUGCUGAUGAUGACAGUCCCAAUGCUUCCCUCUUUGAAGCCUGCUGCAAUGAGCGGAUCCAACAAUUUGAUGAUAAUGAGGAGGAAGAAGAUAUCUGGGAAGAGAAGGAGAUAACCUAUGCAACCCAAGUUAAAUCAAGAACACGAUUUGGAGCAUCUCAGACCUCAGAGAGUUCAUCAAAAAGCGAUCUUGAGAAUGGAGAUCAUGAUGGUAGUGUGGACUCCGAAGAAGAGGAGGAAACAGAACAGCAGCCACCUCCUUCCUCAGCAAACAACAACAAGAAUAAUAUUUCUGAGCAGAAAGACUCUGACUCCUCUGAAGGGUCGGGAUGGACAGCCGUGUUCGAGCCUGUGAACGCGAAGCCCCCCGCACCCUGCGUUGCCAUGGACGUUGGCUCGAGCGUGUGGGAUUCGGCAGCCCCCGAGAACACCACGCCAGAGGAGAAAGGAUGGGCAAAGUUUACAGACUUCCAACCAUUCUGUUGCUCAGAGUCAGGUCCACGGUGCAGUUCUCCCGUCGACACCGAGAGCAACGAUUCAGAUGGAAACCUGAAGCAGAGUCAAGACAAGAACUUCAGCGCUGCCUCUCCCUGUGUUUGGAACGUCUGUGUCACGAGGAAAGCGCCACUGGUGGCCUCAGACAGCAGCUCCUCUGGAGGCUCCGACAGCGAUGAGGAGGAGGACAAAGCUGAUAUCGUCACAGAAACCAUCAGCACAGGCUCGGGCCAGGAAACCAUCAAGCUGACCAUGGAUGCUAAAAACGAGAAGGCUGUUUUCACCAGAGUAUUUAGACCUGCAGUCAGAGGCGAUGCAGACUGCAUGGUUAUUGAUAAGCUGGCCAUCACUGACAUCGGAACGACAAAACCAUCCAAACCCCUGAACAACGUGGCCCAGCACGCAGAGGAGCACCAGAACACCGCCGCGGUUGUCACAGCAGUCACGGAAACGGCCACAAAAGACAGGAAAGAAGAAGCCUUGCCCUGUGCUGAAGCCACAUUAAAUGGCCCUGCUUGA